UGGCGUCGCGGUGUACGGUUUGAGUGCGAUGCUGACAGCUCCCGCUGACUAGACAGCAUUUUGUGAAGUGUCUACUGGCUGCCAGCGGCGUUGGAAGGAUCCUCGGAGACCAUCACCCCACGCAAUGGAGGCAGUGACCCUGGAGGAUGUGCUUAUAAAAUUCACCCUGGAGGAGUGGGCUGUACUGAAUCCAUCCCAGAAGAAGCUCUACAGAGAAGUGAUGUGGGAAACAUUCAUGAAUAUGACUGCUGUAGGAAGGACUUGGGACACCCAGCAAAUUGAAGAAUACAAAAACUGUUCAAGGAACUUAAGAAAUAAAAAGGUAGCAAAAUGCAGUCAAAGCAAAGUUUGUGAUCAACAUGAAGAAGUCUUCCUUUGGGCUUCAGAGGAGACUGUGCACAUGCAACAGGCUGUUCUAAAACCAACUAAGCGCCUUGCGUGUAGAAAGCCCCUGAUCGGACACUUAUCGUUAAACACAGGCACGUUACCUCACACUGGACUGAAGCCACAUGAGUAUGUGGGAUUUGAUGAGAAUCUAAAUAAUUGCAGUGAGCCUGGAAAAAGCUUCAGUGAUUUCCAGUCAUUUCAGAAGCAUGCAAGGACAGAGCCUGGAGAGAAACCCUAUCAAUAUGAGCAAUGUGGGAAAAACUAUUACAGUCUUGAGGAAAGAACUCAGCCUGGAGUGGAGACAUUUGUAUACAAGCAAAGAGUGAAAGGCUCCAGCACGCCCAGUGGUAUUAAAAACCAUGGAAGAAUUCACACUGGGAAUGAACUGUAUGUAUGUAGGCAAUGUGACAAAGAGUUUGCAAUUAAGUCUGCAUUUCUUAGACAUAAACAAACCCAUACAGGUAAGAAAGCCUAUAUGUGUAAGCAAUGUGGGAAGGAAUUCACUACACAGUAUUAUUGUAAACUACAUGAAAGAAGCCACACUGGGGAGAAACUCUAUCCAUGUCAACAAUGUGGGAAAGCAUUCACUACACUGAGUUACUGUAAAAUACAUGAAAGAAUCCACACUGGUGAGAAACCAUAUAUAUGUGAGAAAUGUGGAAAAGCAUUUAGUACACACAUGUACUAUAAAAUACAUGAAAAAAUACACACUGGGGAGAAACCCUAUGUAUGUAAACAAUGUGGAAAAGUAUUUGCUGCUAAGUCUACACUUUGUAGACAUAGACAGACCCACACAGGUGAGAAAGCGUACGUAUGCAAGCAAUGUGGAAAAGCAUUCACUACUGGAAGUGCUUGUAAAAUACAUGAAAGAAGUCACACUGGUGAGAAAUCCUCUAUAUGUAAUCAGUGUGGAAAAGUAUUUGCUAAUGAGUCUGCGCUUUGUAGUCAUAAACGAACCCACACAGGUGAGAAAUUGUACAUAUGCAAGCAAUGUGGGAAAGCAUUCACUACUCCAAGUCAUUGUAAAAUACAUGAAAGAAGUCACACUGGGGAGAAACCUUAUGUAUGUGAGAAAUGUGGAAAAGGAUUUACCACCCGGGGUUAUUGUAAAAUACAUGAAAGAAGCCACACUGGGGAGAAACCCUAUGCAUGUAAGCAAUGUGGGAAAGCAUUCACUGCCUUGGGUGUUUGUAAAAUACAUGAAAGAAGUCACACUGGGGAGAAACCUUAUGUAUGUGAGCAUUGUGGAAAAGCGUUCACCACACGGGGUUAUUGUAAAAUGCAUAAAAAAAGUCACACUGGGGAGAAACCCUAUGUAUGUAAGCAGUGCGGGAAAGCAUUCACUAUCAUGAGUGUUUGUAAAACACAUGAAAGGAGUCACAAUGGGGAGAAACCGUAUGUGUGUGAGAAAUGUGGGAAGGCAUUUACCACCCCUGGUUAUUGUAAAAUACAUGAAAAAGGCCACACUGGGGAGAAACCUUAUGUAUGUAAGCAGUGUGGGAAAGCAUUCACUGUCAUGGGUGUUUGUAAAACACAUGAACGAACUCACAGUGUGGAGAGACCGUAUGCAUGUGAGAAAUGUGGAAAAGCAUUCCGUAAUCUGAGUUAUUGUAAAGUACAUGAAAGGAGCCACACGGGGGAGAAACCCUAUGCAUGUAAGCAGUGUGGGAAAGCAUUCACUACACGGAGUUACUGUAAAAUACAUGAAAGAAAUCACAGUGGCAAUAAACCAUGUGUAUAUGAAAAGUAGAAAAUUGUUCACUACACUGAGUUAUUAUACAGUGCAUGAAAGAAGCCACAAUGAGGAUACACUAUGUAUGUAAACAAUAUGGAAAAGCAGCCCACAGACUACUUGUGUAAUCCAUGAAGGAUCUCAUACUGCGAUAAAUCCUAUAUAUGUAACCAAUAUGGGAAAGAAUUUGCUAUACAGAAUUAUUGUCAAAUACAUGAAAGAGUUCCUGCUGUGGAGAAAAUUUUGUGUGCAAGCAGUAUGGGAAGUGAUUCAGUACACGAAAUGUUACAAAAGACCUGAAAGAACUCAUAGUGGGAGAAACCUUUUGUAUGAAACGUGGGAAGGUUUACUAUGUACAAAUAUCGUCCAAGUCUUGAAGUCACAGGUGAGUAAUCCUACACUAGUAAAAUACUUAGAAAAUUUUUUUUUGUUCAGUUCUAAUGUGCCUCGAUCUCAUACUGAUUUGGAAACCUUUGUACAUAAUCUAUGUGGGCAAAAUAUUCAAAGAUUAGUUUUAAUCAACUACAUGAAGUCACACGUGAAAAUCUGUAUAGUUCAGCUUACUGCAGAAAUUUCAUCAUGUAAACACAUGUGUAAAUUAAUGAAAUUUUUGAUGUCCAUAUUCUUCCAUAAAUUUUCCAGAAAAUAUACUCUCAGAUGGAGAUAGCCUAGAAUGUUUCUUUGCUGUGUUCUUUAGGCACUCACUUGUAUAUACAUAUCUAAAGUGUGGAUCUGUUUUCUUUAUUAUAAAAACAUUACUGUAAUAUGUUUUUUUGGAAGCCAUUGAGUUUAAACACUAUACUAUGUUCUAAUUAAACUAGGUGAAUUGAAAUGUGUUUCUCACUUCCAAGUGGGGUUACUCUGUCAUUUUCAUUGUUUUUUUGCUAUUGGGAAUUAUAGCCUUCUAAACAUACCUUUGAUUCAUUGUUUUUUGAAUGGAUGGAGUUUUUGGACUAGUUUUGAUUUUGAUUUUCUUUAUGUACAUAGUUUAUAUUUUAUGUAAAGUUAAAGUCAAAUUUUUGGAAUUUGAUGUUACAUAUGUAUACACAUUUAGAGACAUGUAAACGUGUUUUUGAAAAGUUCAUUUGUUUUCACAACUUGGA